AAAACUGGUUCCUGAUUCUCUGAAUUUUCUUAUUACCUUUUUUUUACAGCUGCAGCAGUAUCAGCUUUUUAAAGAGAGAGAGAGAGAGAGAGACCUGAACUUCAAGUGCGCUUCUGAUUCAGUUUUCUGUACAAGAGAAGUCAUAGAUUUAACAUUUGGUCAGCUUUGCUUAAUUUCAUUGACAUUUUCUUGUCUGAGUUUGUGUUUUCGAGUGUUGUUUAUUGUGUGUUCUCUUUGUCUGGACUAUUUUUGUAAAAGAAAUUGUUUUUCCUUCUCAAGUUCUUGGCUUUUUGGUCUUCACUGGUGGCCUGAUGCCUUUAGCUGCUUUUUCUUUUCUUCAAAUUCGAAAUUCCUUUGCAUGAUUAAUGAUUUUGAAAGCUUUAACAUGGGCUGCUAUAUCUUUUCUCUCUCUUUGCUUCAGUUUUAAAUUAUUUUUCCCUUUCUUUGGUAAAAGGUUCGAAGAUUGGUGUUCUUUAUCUGUUUCCCAUUAAAAUAUUAGUGAGAUUGGUGGCAGUUAAUUAUGAUUAAAUUCUAGUUGUACUCCUUUAGGAAUAGAGACUGUUUCAAUUGUUAAGAUACUUCUUUAUAUGGUAUAAAACGUUUAUAUUUAAUACCAGUUGCUCUGGUUUUUUUUUCUUUUUUGGGUUAGUCAACUAAUUUAUUAAAUAAUUUCACUGUGUUCAGUGGGAUUCUGUAUUCUACUAAUCUCACACUGCUAAUUUUAAAGUGUACUUCCAUUUUGUUUAUUAAUAUAAAUAAUCUAGUGGUGUUUUCUUUCUUGUUAUGCAGAAAUUUUUGUCACUGAGCCAUGAAUCCAUGUAUACCAGAUUGGAAUUUUGAAGGUGAUCCCCCCGUCACCGAUCAGAAGAAACCCAUCGGCAGGCCAGAACAUGACCUUGUAGAGCUCUUAUGGCAAAAUGGGCAGGUAGUUUUGAACAGUCAAACAUAUAGGAAACCAAGUUUAAAUCCUAAUGAGUUUAGACAAGUCCAAAAACAAACUUUACGGGAACGUGGAUCAUAUGGGAAUUCAAGUAAUUUGAUUCAAGAUGAUGAAACAAUCUCAUGGAUUCAAUACCCGCUUGAAGAUUCCUUCGAGAAAGACGUCUCCAAUUUUUUCUCAGAAUUGUCACCUAGUCGGAUGGAGGCCGGUAAGAAUACGAUAAGAUUUGGAGACGAAAAGUUGGUUAAAUUUGGUGCUUCAGGUGUGGCCACAAAUUCACAACCAACCAAUGUUACCAAUCCGGUUUUCCCUGGAAUGAAUAGGAAUGCAAUGCCUCCUCCAAGAUUUGAAUUCCAUGAUGCAGCCCAGAAAGAUAAAAAUUUAGGUGGCUUUGGAGAAGUUGUUAAUAUUUGUCAAACCACAGCUCCCUUAAAGGGCGAACAAAGAUAUUCUAAUGGACAAUUUGUUCACAAAGGGACUGGAACUAUGACAAAUGGGGAGGUCAGGGAUCCUUCGAUGAUGACAGUUGGGACAAGCCAUUGUGGUAGCAAUCAAGUUGCAUAUGAUCUUGAUAUCAGCCGAGCUUCCAGCAAUGGUGCGGGUACUACAGGUAUAUCUCCUGGAAAUUUAAACACUGAUGUUCAGAGAGUAAUUUCUCAAAGUGAGAGGGGCAAAGCUGAGACACUUGAACCAACUGUUACUUCAUCUUCUGGUGGAUCUGGCAGUAGUUUUAAUAGAACAAGCAAGCAAUCUACUGGGGUUAUUAGCCACAAGAGGAAGAGCAGAGAUGCAGGGGAAUCUGAGUGCCAAAGUGAUGCAGCUGAACUUGAUUCAGCUGAAGGGAACAAAUCAUCGCAAAAAUCUGGGUCUUCCCGCAGGAGUCGUGCUGCUGAAGUGCAUAACCUCUCAGAAAGGAGACGAAGGGAUAGGAUCAAUGAAAAAAUGAGGGCAUUGCAAGAGCUAAUACCCCACUGCAACAAGACAGAUAAAGCCUCAAUGCUAGAUGAGGCAAUUGAGUACUUGAAGUCUUUACAGUUACAACUUCAGGUUUUUCAGGUUAUGUGGAUGGGAAGUGGUAUGGCCCAAAUGAUGUUUCCAGGCGUUCAGCAUUAUAUGUCUCGCAUGGGUAUGGGAAUGGGUCCAACAUCAUUGCCAUCUAUCACCAGUCCUGUGCAUUUGUCUAGGGUCCCCCUAGUUGAUCAAUCCAUGGCUAUUGCCCAAGCACAAAAUCAGGCUGUAAUGUGUCAAAAUUCGAUGUUGAAUCCGGUCAGUUUCCAAAAUCAGAUGCAAAAUGCAAACUUCUCUGAUCAAUGUGCCCAUUAUAUGGGUUUUCAUCCUAUGCAAACAACCUCUCAGCCUAUCAAUAUGUUUAGAUUUGGUUCUCCGACAGUGCAAAGUCAAGUAACGUCACCGCCUAGCACUAGUCAUGGACCUUUCAUGGCAGGAGCUGCAACAGAUAAUACCUCUCUAAGUGGCAAGACAGGUUAAUCAAUGAGAGAACCAGAAGGGAACUCGUGAAAUACAUAUGGUCCCCCUAUAUUUAUAAUGGGACCAUAACAAGAUGGUGAAAGCUUUGUUCAUCCUGAAGGCUACUCAUUUAUUAAUUUCAUUGCUAAUUGAUUGCUUUGUUACAAGUUCUCACCGGAUAAGUAAAGGGUCAUAGCUCCGAUGGGAAUUUAUCGGGGAAACAGGAAACCAUCACAAGAGUUGCACCCUGAUAACAAAUUGGUUCAUUGAAGCUAUGAUGGGUUAAGCGAACUUGUUCAAAUGCGAGAAUUACCCUAAGCAGGAAUAUUUUUUCCUACCCUCAGCAAAAUCAAGAUUGUUGUUGCUGUUCCAUAAUAUGUAUAACUAGGUACAUGCAUUUUCUUGCCUGUUGGCAUUAACCUGUAAAAGCUCCUACUAUGCUCCCUCUUACUGUAGAAUAACAAACUUUAUUGUUAACAUUUUCCCAUGGUAUUAACUUGCUUCGAACUUCUCUACAA